CGUACCGUGUGUGGGGCGUGGGAGGGCACUACGCAGCUGACGGGCAGCCGGAAGGGCUUCCUGCGCCCCCGAACCUGCGGCGGAAAUGCUAGCCGAGUGUCUUGAGGCAGAGCGCUUCCUUUUGUAACUAGUCUACCACCGCGUAGGCACGCGUGGGUAGGUGUGGCGGUGGGAGCGUGCCUUCCUAGAAGGGAAGACGGUCCCAGCAAGUGUUAAACUGGCUCGUGCCCCAGCUCUAGCGGCUUCUCUUACCUGAGUGUCGCAGGGUGAGGCGGUGGUUACUCCGCGUUGUAGCUUAUGCUGGUUUGAUCAGGCUGUUGUGAGCGCUCUUAGUGGAGAUCUGUCUGGGGAGCUGGCAGUGGAGAGCUUACGGGCGCUGAAGUUUAGAGCCCAGAGCUCUGUCCCAGUUGGACAGUUUUGGGAGAAGUGGUAACUUUUGCUGUAAGGUUUGAAUCCCAGAGCAUAAAUUGCACCAGGAUCGUUCUCAAGUGCUGGGAGCUGAACUGUGUGUGGCUCAGGGAAAGGAACUGUGGCUAGCUAAGGAGGCCAUAUGUCAUGUAACUUCCAGAUCUCAUGUCAACACCAAGCCCUCAGCUGCUGGUGGCAGCUGCUCAGCAGACUCUGGGCAUGGGCAAGAGAAAGUGCCUACCUCGAGCUACCUGCCUUCACCUGGCAGGAGAGGUGCUGGCUGUGGCCCGUGGGCUGAAGCCAGCUGUACUCUAUGAUUGCAACUCUGCAGGAGUAUUGGCGCUCCAAAGUUAUCUGGAGGAACUACAGGGGCUGGGCUUCCUGGAGCCAGGACUUCACAUUCUUGAGAUUGGAGAGAAUAACUUUAUUGUCAGUCCUGAGUAUGCCUGUCAGCAUUUGGAACAGACACUGCUUGGUACCGUAGCUUUCGUGGACAUUUCCCGCUCCCAACCUCAUCCUUCUGUCCGGUCCGUGGACCAGCUCCCGGACUUGAAAUCUCUCAUAGCUGACGUCAUCACACGUUUUCGAGGACUUGAGAAAGAUGUGUCUCAGGGAGUCUCCUACACCAGGCUACAUUCCUCAGACUGGAAUCUCUGCACUGUAUUUGGAAUACUCCUGGGAUAUCCUGUUUCUUACACAUUUGACCUGAACCGUGGAGAUGACAACUGCUUAACCAUGACUCCCCUGCGUGUGUUUACUGCCCGGAUUUUGUGGCUGCCUGGUCAACCAUCAAUUUUGCUGUACUCCUUUAGUGUUCCAGAGAGUUUGUUCCCAGCCCUGAAAAACUUUUUAAGUGCCUGGGAGAAGGAACUCAGGACUCGAUUUCAGGCUCAGAAUGCCUUUGCUGACCUCAGCAUCUCCUCUGAGGUGGUCACACUUCCUGCUGUGGCCCUCUGAGUUAACUCUGCCGGUUGAGAAGGUAUCAGUGAAUGUCAAUUACGAUGAAUGUUGUGCAGUCAAUUGAACACAUGUGAAUGGGGAGAGUUGUUGGCAGCAGUAGUAUGAUUUCAAUCUUUAUAUUAGGAAUUCCUAGGUCCUUAGCAGAGGUGCCUGUCUAUUUUUCAUUGAAUAAGAGAUAGAAGGAUGGGAAAAGGAGCAUUGUGGAGACAUGAGUGUACCCUGGGAUGGUGGCCUUCCCUGGUGGACAGUGCCUUAGAGGGAAGGAGAAUGACUAGGUAAUCUAUGUAUGGAACUCUAACUGAAGUAGGGUGUGAGGCAAUGAUACUUAAGGGUUACACUUGUGGCUUAUUUCUCAGGAAUACACAGUUCUAAAGAGUAGUCUUGUGAGAUAAAGUUUAUUUACAACAUGGUGAAAAAAAUAAAACUAAGUCUGGAUUCAUUUGGAGAGAAACCCAAGUUAUAAAGUACCAGAACCCAAGGUUUUCAUGGAGUUGUUUGCAUCUGAGUUUUACUUCAGAUAGAUGCCAGAAGUUCUUCAGAUGACCAGGUUGCCUUUGUUUACCAGGAACACUGCCAGUGCUGUAGCAAUCACCACCAUCAGCACUGGGAGCCAUUGACCACACUGCAGCUGUAUGGAAGGAGGUGGAGACAGGAGAGAGCAGCUAUGAGUUAGCUGGAGAAAGUAUGGGCAAGAAUAGUCCUUUGGCAUUUUAACCCAGUAGAAGGCCUCACAAUGGUGGCAGAAAGGGCUUUUUUUUUUUUUCUCUUCAGUGUCUCCCUCACUUUGUAUCAUUUCCACUAGAUAAAACCAGUUUACUAGUGGCCUAGAGACUCAUAUCCGACAGGGGACAGGUAUUUAAAUGCUGAUCUGAAUGAGGUGGAAAAUAACUCAGCAGAUAACACUCUUUGUACACACCUCAAUACUUUUGCAGUCCUCCUCUGCCCUUGUCAUUAUGUUUACAAUAAAUCAAAAAAGUACUCUUUCAUGCUUGAACCAAUACAGGCUGAAUAUCCUUUUUCUGAAAUGCUUGGGAUUAGGACUCAUUCAAAUUUUGUCUUUUUUUUUUUUCCCCAUUAGUAUUUGUUUAGUAUUUGUAGUAGUAUUAGUAUUUGUUUACCAGUUGAGCAGACAUAAUAAAAAGACAUCUGAAUACCAAAUGCCCUGAAGUCAUUUGAUUCUUUUGAGCAUCUUACCUGAGUAAGCCAGGGGAGGCAAGCCAGUAAAGAACAUCCCUCCACAGCCUCUGUAUCAGCUCCUGCUC